UAAAAACUUGUGUCAAAAAUAUUGGUUCGAGAGGGAGAAAUUAAAAGCAUAACGAUCUCUCGCUCCCCCUCUUUCUUUCUUCACAUCACAUUUCACAUUCACAGCUGCUUCACUCUUACACAGUUACACUUCGCAAUUCCCUACUAUUUCUAAAAUACUGACCCAUCAAUCAUUAUAAUUCCGAUACCAAAAUCCGUUCAAUUUUCCGAGCUUGAAAUUUUCUUGACACAAUAAUAGCAUUUUUCUAGAAAGAUCCACGACAAUAUCUCUUGUUUUGUCCAAUUUCAGAAACCAUAGUUUCAUUUCUUCAAUCCAAAAAUAGAGUUUUAAUUAAGAAGAAGAAGUGUUUGGGAAAAUAAGAAGGAAGAUCUAAAUGCAGUGGUACUUCGUAGCUGCUCUUCUAACCAUCCUUACUAGUUCUCAGGGCAUUUUAACUACUUUAUCACAGAGUAAUGGUGGUUACAAGUAUGAUUAUGCAACUGUUCCAUUUCUUGCCGAGGUGUUCAAGUUGGUGGUUUCUAGCAUACUUCUUUGGAGGGAGGUCCAGACUUCAUCUUCUGUAAGGAUGACAACUGAUUGGAAAACUGUGCGACUGUUUCCAAUUCCAUCAGUUAUAUAUCUAAUUCACAACAACGUUCAGUUCGCCACUCUCACUUACGUGGAUACAUCUACUUACCAGAUCAUGGGCAAUCUCAAAAUUGUUACCACUGCAAUAUUGUUCAGGUUAUUUUUAAAGAAAAAGUUAUCGAACUUGCAAUGGUUGGCUGUUAUUCUGUUGGCUGUUGGGACAACCACAAGCCAGGUCAAAGGCUGCGGAGAGUCGUCCUGUGACUCACUUCUCUCAGCACCAAUCCAGGGGUAUAUGUUGGGCAUCUUGUCAGCUUGCCUUUCAGCAUUAGCUGGUGUCUACACUGAGUUCCUUAUGAAGAAGAACAAUGACAGCCUGUACUGGCAGAAUGUACAACUUUAUACAUUUGGCGCAAUCUUCAACAUGGCACGCUUAGUUUUAGAUGAUUUCACAAGUGGUUUCGAAAAGGGACCAUGGUGGCAACGCCUUUUUGAUGGAUAUAGUAUGGCAACCUGGAUGGUGGUUCUGAAUUUAGGAUCUUCAGGGCUGCUGGUUUCAUGGAUAAUGAAAUAUGCAGAUAACAUCGUGAAGGUUUAUUCCACUUCAAUGGCAAUGCUGCUGACGAUGAUCUUGUCUGUUUACCUGUUUGAAUUUAAGCCAACUUUACAGCUUUUCUUGGGUAUCAUUAUAUGCAUGAUGUCAGUGCACAUGUAUUUCGCUCCUCCAAAUGUGCUUGUGGAUCCUGUUCUGCCGAAACCUGAGCAGGAGAAUCUGAAAGAAGUUACUAUAGAAAAGGAGUAAUCCCUGACCCCGUUUUUCCUUGAAAGAAUAUGCUUAUCUUCCUCAGCACUCUGAAUCAUUGUUUGAGUCUAAAGAAGAAAAAAAGUGGCUGAUCUCCUGAUUAUUCCGGUUCUAUGCUCUCUGAGGUGCUAAUUUUCUGGUUAUUCUGGGAAUUGGUGGUGGUGCCUGCAUAAGGGUUCUGUAGGAGAAUGAGCUGAUUAAUAUUCUUGGUAGCAUUGGGCAGGAUUUCAUCUCUGGUUACGAGGCCAAGCGAAUAUGUAAUUCAUCCUAUAGAAAACUGAAUAUGCCUUUUAAUUAUUCUUUGGAAUGCAAUUAUUCCUUACUGAAAUGUAAGUAAAAUUUACGAAAUAUGUAAGCUUGCUAAUCUCCAAUUGUAGAUUUUCUAUGGUUAGAAGUUGAUCCUAUUCUGUAGCCUUUAGAUU